AUGAAAGAGAUCGAAAAAAGAGAGAAUAAUGAUCAGGUUAAAAAAGUUGAAAAAGGUAUGGGCGGGGAAAGUAAAACAGUUUUCACCAUGAGCCAACAAAAUAAUAACAUGAAAAAUUAUCCGUUACAUAAAUAUCGAAGUAGGAGUGAAUCAAAUGGGCGUGUAAGAGGUCAUAUAAAUUUUCUGGAAGGUUUGAGAGAAAGAAAUGAAAAAAACAUACCUUCAACAAAUAAAGAGUAUCAAAAAGAUGGAAUUGAAAAUCUGUCUAUUUUUGGUACUAGAGGGAUUAAUAAAUUUAAUAACAAAGAAAAAGGAUUCAUUAGAAAUAAUGAAAAGGGUAAACAAAAAAAUGAUAAAAAAAAUGUAGUAGGAUAUAACUAUUUUACUAAUAGACAACAAAUGAUAAGUAGUGAAAAUAUAAAUAUUAUAAAAAAUGUACCAAUAAGUAUUUAUGUUGGUACAUGGAAUUGUGAAUAUUCUGAUUUUACAAAAGGAUAUGAAUAUGAAAAAAAAAGAUAUACAACAAACUAUUUAAGUGAAAAUACAAAAGAUGAAUUAUAUUCUAUGAAACUUGAUGAUAGAUAUACUGUCCGUUCUAUAACUCCAUUAAUUUGUAUCGCCCCAUCUAUAAAAGAGGAUAAAAAUAAUACUAGUGAAUAUUAUGAUGAACUUAUCAAUUUCAAAUUAACUAAUAAAAAUGAUAAUAAAGUUACAGAUAAAAAAAGUUUAAGUACAAAUGAGAAUACCCCAAAGGACCUUAGUAACAUCUCUGAGGUUGAUAAAGGGAAGUAUAAAAUUGAUGUGAUCAAACACAAUGAAAACAUUUCAAAAGGCAGGAACACUAUAACAGGCACUGAAAUAAGUGGAAAACGUUUUGAAAAUAAUAUAGAUUACUGUAUACGCACGCCAAACAAACAAAUAUAUCCCCCCAAAAAUACACAGUACGAUAAAACUAUUUUAAAUACGUCAAACCUAUUCGUUGAAAGUUCUAUUAAAAGAAAAACAAUAGGAGCAGAAACAAAUAUUCAUAGUUAUAAUAAAAUAGCUGAAAAAAAAAUAAAUAGUUUACAAAAUUAUAAAUCUCAAGAAACCGAAAUAUUCUCUCAUUGGAUAUCACCAUAUUAUGAUGUAUAUGUUAUAUGCUUACAAGAAUCAAUUUCAGAUAGUAUAAUAGAAUGUCUAUCUAUGUAUUUAAAAGAAAUAAAUCAAGAGACAUAUGAAUUUUUGCCUUUAGCAGAUUAUAAAUUAUCAGGUUAUGGUGAUGGUGCAUUCUUACAAAUGAAAUCUACAACAAUAGCUGCUUGGGUAAGAAAAUCAAAACUUCAUCCUAAAGGUCCAGUUAAAUUAUGUGCAUCUAAAACAAUAGCUUUUAAUAAAUUAAAUAAUAGUAAAGGUUGUGUAUCUAUAUUAUUAAAUAUAUUUAAUCAAUUUGUUUUAUUUAUUGGUUGUCAUAUGCCUGCUAAAGAUCAAGAAUUGCGACAAAAAUCCAGAGAAUUCAUUUUAACAAAAUUAAGUGAAUAUUUUAGUAAUAAAGCAACAUCAAACUUUAAAGAUGUUUUUCAUCAUGUUAUAUGGAUGGGUGAUUUUAAUUUUAGAGUACAUGGAAUACAAAUAGAAAAGGUUGUUCAUUAUUUAAAAACAAAUAAUUUAAAAGAAUUGCUAAAAUAUGAUGAAGCAAAUUCACCAUAUUCUUACGAUUUAUCUAUAAGCUUUCAAGAACAACCAAUUAAUUUUUUACCUACUUAUAAAAAAAAUGGAAAUAGACCUAUUAUUGAUAGAAGUGAUACAAAAUGGGUUGAAAAGGAAUACAAACUUAUUCAUAAUAUAAAAUGGUAUAAGGGAGGAAAACAAGAACCCCGCAUUCCUUCAUGGACUGAUCGGGUAUUUAAGUGGUCCUGCGAUAAGACUCAAAACUGUUUGACCUUCGUUCCUAACACUUACAUUUCACCGAUACCCAAAGAAAAAUGCAUACUCAUGUGUAGCGAUCAUAGCCCCGUCUCCUGUUGUUUUCAAAUGUACAAAAUGACUAACGAAGAGGAUAUCCCUUCGACAAAAAGCAUUUGGAAAUUUUGA